AUGCUUGUUAGCGAGGCGGCGGCUUCGGCGACAUCGGCGACAUCGGCGACAUCGGCGGUAUCAGCGGCUCUGGCGAGUCUGGCGGCGCGGAAUGAGGUGUAUCGGGCGCUGGCCGAGGGGACAGGGCGGGUGUCUGCAGUGGGUGCAGCUGAUGAACAGAGCGUUCUGGCGCUGAUGCCGAGGGUGGCGGAAAUGUAUGCGGAUCGAAAGUGGCUGGGGCAGGCCGAGCCGAGCGAGGUGGUGGUGGCAGUGGAGGGCGGGGAUGGGGCGUUGUACGAUGUGAUGACCCCGCUUCCCGAGGCGUUGGCCGAGGCUGUGGUCUGCGGCGAGGGCAAGAUGGUUGUGCUCGGAUCGGACGCCGGGCGCAAGGUCUUGUGGCACUCGAGUGCGCACGUGCUGGGCGCGGCGCUCGAGCGGGUGCUGGCCAAGCAGCGUGGCCUGGCGGUCCAUCUGCGGUCGGGCCCUGCGUUGGCGGACAAUGCCGGACCUGCAGGCGGCGGCGGGUUCUUCUACGAGUACGAGGUUGACGGCGGGCACGGGGCGGUGGCCGAGGCCGAGUUUGGGGCGGUGACCAAGGAAAUGGGCCGAGUCCUCCGCGAGGGCGGCGCAUUCGAGCGGCUGGAGGUGAGCGCGAGCGAGGCCAAGGCCCUUUUUGCCGGCUCGCCGGCCAAGCUUGCGCGGAUCGACGAGCUUGCGUCGGGCGGGGCGCAGCUGGCGGUGUACGCCAACGGGAGCUUUGUGGACUUGUGCGCUGGACCGCACCUCCCGCUGGUCUCGCUGAUCAAGUCCCCUCUGGUGACGGCGUCGUCGGGGGUCAAUUCUGGCGCGUUUCGGGUUUACGGGCGGUCGUUUGCGGCGAGCAGCGAGAAGAAGGCGUGGCGUGCGCGGCUGGACGAGGCGGCGCGGCGCGACCACCGCAAGAUUGGGGCUGCGCAGGAGCUGUGGAUGUUCCAUCCGCACACGCCGGGCUCGCCAUUCCUCCUCCCUCACGGGGUGCGGAUCUUCAACGCGCUAGUGGAGCGGAUCCGGCGGGAGUACGUGGCGCGCGGGUACGACGAGGUCUCGUCGCCGCUGCUGUGCAAGAAGGAGCUGUUUGAGGUGUCUGGCCACUGGGACAAGUACUCGUCGGACAUGUACAAGGUGUCUGCGCUGGCACCGGCCGACCAAGGUGGUGACGACGAGGCAUCGGCCGAGCAGUUUGGCCUAAAGCCGAUGAACUGCCCCGGCCACUGCCUCAUUUUCGACGGCAAGGUGCGGUCGUACCGUGAGCUGCCGCUGCGGAUGGCGGACUUUUCGCCGCUCCACCGCAACGAGGUCGCCGGCGCUCUGUCGGGCCUGACCCGGGUCCGGCGGUUUACGCAAGACGAUGCGCACAUCUUCUGCACAAGCGAGCAGGUGCAGGGCGAGAUUGCGGACACGCUCGACUUUAUCAACUCGCUCUACGGCGAGCUGGGCUUUGGCAUCUCUGUCGAGGUCUCGACGCGGCCGGAGAACGCAAUCGGCGACGACGCGACGUGGGAGGCCGCUGAGGCCUCGCUGCACGCGGCGGUGGCGGCUGCCGGCGUGGAGGCCGGGGUCAAGGAGGGCGACGGCGCGUUCUACGGACCCAAGAUCGAUGUGUCUGUGGCGGACGCGCUAGGGCGGAGCCACCAGUGCGCGACGGUGCAGCUUGACUUUAACCUGCCGGCGCGGUUUGGCCUGCAGUACCGAACCGCCGACGGCGGGAGUGCGCAGCCAAUCAUGAUCCACCGGGCAGUGCUCGGCUCUGUUGAGCGGUUCAUGGCGAUUCUCGCGGAGCACACCGGCGGGGCGUGGCCCGUCUGGUGCUCACCACGGCAGGUGUUUGUGGCGGCGACAGCAGAUGGGGCGCCCUCGGCGCGGGCGGCAGAGAUUGUGGCUGCGCUGCGCGCUGCUGGAGUCCAUGCCGAGAUGGCGCGUGGCGGCUCGCUUGGCAAGCAGAUCCGCGAGGCCAAGAAGUUGCAGUUUAACUACGUGGGUGUGGUCGGGCCGGCCGAAGUUGAGGCCGGCAACGUGGCGAUCAACGAGCGCGGAGUCGAUGGCGCGCCUGUGGCGAUGACCGUGGAUGAGAUCGUUAGCGCGGUUCGCGAGUGACGCUGUAGAGUGUUGAGUGCUGUUCAUUGCACCGCCCAUGAUGAGAUUCAUCGAACCGGCAGAGGUUAGAGGACAGCACAGCCGUUGGUCAUGCGCCAGUCAAAGUACUGGACGUUCAUGGAGAGGAGGAGGAGGUUGUUGAAGGCGACGGCGAUAUGCAUGAGCUGGUGCGAGUGGAGCCAGGUGUUGAAGCGGCCCGGGAAGAGGCGCUCGGGGAGCUGGCAGGUGUAGAUGACGGCGGUGACGGCGACGACUGCGCCGACAAUAGGGAACUUGGACCAAAAGAAGGCCUUCUCAUCAGAGUAGAAGGAGCCGGUGAUGAGGUAGUGGUGGACGUACGGAGCGACGGUGGAGAGCGAGACGAGCGACAUGAGGGCGCCGCGGAAGUGGAGGG